GUAAUUCGACUGCCUGUCCCCCGAACCGGGGCUUUUGAAAGAAUGGUUUGGUAGCAGCAGCAGAAACAAAUAUGUCCACCACCCUUUCCUGGAGCUUUGAUUACGACCUUGAUGAGUUCCCCACUGGCUAUCCUGACCUUGACCCAAAUGCCAUCCCUUGCACUCAAGACGAGGUGGGUGCCUUCACUCGAUACUUCGGCCCCGCUGUUUUCUAUGUGUCGUUUCUGGUGGGCUUGGUUGGCAACGGCCUGGUGUUGGCUGUGUUGUGCAGACACCGCUGCCCCUGGCUCUUUGCGGACUGUUACCUCUUCCAGUUGGCGGUGGCCGAUCUGGUGCUGGUCUUCACCCUCCCUUUCCAGGCCACACAGGCUUCCCAGGGCUGGAUAUUCGGAGAAUUCCUCUGCAAGCUCGUAGGGGCCUUGUCAACCAUGAACAGCUACAGCACCAUCUUUCUCCUGGCUUGCCUUAGCGUGGAACGCUACUUGGUGAUUGUCCACGGCAUACUCCUGCACCACCGGUGGAAGCUUUCGCACAUCUACCAGGCUUCCGCACUACUGUGGGGAAUAUGUUUAGGCCUGUCCGUGGUGGAGCUCCAUUUCCGCACCGUGGCCUACUUCCCCCAGACCAAGGCCGUCACCUGUCACCUGGGCUUCGAUGCCCAGGAUGCGGAGUCUUGGCGGUUGGGGCUCCGCUUGGUCUCCUUCCUCCUUGGCUUCUUGCUGCCUCUCCUGGUGAUGGCGGUCUGUUAUUGCCGGAUCUUUGCUAAGCUGCAUCGGGCUCAGUUGUUGUGCAAGUACUCGACCGUGCAGCUGCUGCUGGUGAUUCUGGGGCUGUUUGUCCUCUGUUGGGGCCCCUACUACGGCUUCCUCCUCGUCGAUAGCCUAGAACGCCUGGGCCACUUGGCCCGAGACUGCGCCCGCGAGAAGGUGCUGGAUUUUGGGCUGCUCUUCUCAGAAAGCCUGGGCCUAGUCCACUGCUGCCUCAACCCUCUGGUUUAUGCCUUUGUGGGCGUCAAAUUCCGAAGGGAACUUUCCCAGUUGUUCCAUAGCUGGAACGGGUGCAAAAGACAAAGGCAGGACAUCUCCGGUCAUGAAUUCAGCCAAGCCACCGAGCACAGCAUUGUGGGUAUGGACUACUCCAUCAUCGUGUGA